AUGUGUUUAGAGUUACGCCGCUUUUGUUUACGUGUGGAUUUUUAUGUCCUUUUUUUCAGCAGAUGAUAAUGAAUGCGUAAAGCUGAUGACUGCAGUCUAACUAUCGAGCAGUUUUAUGCUUUGCAAACAAUGGAAGAGUCCUACGGUUCAACGUCUCUUCGUCGGCGUUACACUUGCGGGAAAAAUGGAAGGAUACAAGUGACAAGCAAAAAAUCACGUGGAUUUGUCUCCAUAUCACAUUUCUUUGUGACUGUUUUCUUGCCCCAAGGAUACCCAGACAGUGUGAGUGAGGAUUAUCUUACAUAUCAGAUCUGGGACACCAUACAGGCAUUUGCUAGCAGUAUAACAGGUACACUAGCAGCUCAAGCUGUACUGAAAGGGUACGGAGUUGGGGAUGAAUCUGCCACAGUUCUUGCCGCCACAUUGACAUGGCUUCUCAAAGAUGGUACUGGCAUGCUGGGAAGAAUUUUGUUUGCCUGGAUGCAAGGGACAGGUCUGGAUUGUGAUGCAAAGAGAUGGAGGUUGUUUGCAGAUAUUAUCAAUGAUGCAGCAAUAUUUCUGGAGAUUAUGGGACCACAUUUUCCUCAUGUUUUCACAUUAAUCCUGUGUGUGUCAGGUGUACUUAAGUCUAUAGUUGGAGUGUCAGGCGGAGCCACUCGAGCUGCCUUAACUCAACAUCAGGCUCGUAGAAAUAACAUGGCAGACGUGUCGGCUAAAGAUGGAAGUCAGGAGACACUAGUGAAUCUAGGAGCCUUGAUAUGUAGUUUUAUUUUGGUACCAAUAGUUACAGGAAGACAUGCAUUGAUCUGGGUCCUGUAUUUCCUGUUUACAUCACUCCAUCUGUAUGCAAAUUACUCAGCAGUAAGGGGUGUUGUCAUGGAGACAAUCAACCAAGCACGACUGUAUAUUCUGCUGGCAGAAUACUUCAAGAUGGGCACUAUCCUAUCACCAGUUGUUGUAAAUAAAAGGGAACCAGUACUGUGGAGAACAAGAAGAAAAUUUGAUAUUUAUCUUGGUACAUCUAUGAAAAGCUUAUGUGAAAGCAAAGAAGAUAUAGCAGAAUUUUUAGAUAUUUAUAAAACCAGUAGAUAUUUUCUAUGGAUUGGACCAAACAGAGAUUGUAUAAAUAUAGCAUUACAGCAGACGGCAAGUGUUCUGGAUCAGUUAGAAGCUUGCUAUCAUGCAGAGUUGAUCAACUUCCUGCAGGAAAAUCAAACAUCUCAGGGCCUGCCUAUACCACUUCAACAUUUAGGAAAAGAAGUAAAUGAAGGAGGUCUCUCGUUGCUACGGUCAUCACGGGAAUAUGUUUUAAAAACAUUCCCACAAUUUCUAGAAGAUGUUCACCAGGGUCGCUGGAAAACUGACAUCUGUCUUCUUGGUGCUGAUGAAUGGAGAAUUGAGGACCAGACUGUCCAGGGAACAGUGAACAAAAUGUAACCUGCUCACUGAUAGCUGUUCACACUGUUGACCAUCUCAUCAACAAGAUUUGAUGGCUAAAUUCUGAAGAUUUUACAUUUGAAUUAUUAUUUAAGAUUUUAAUAUGAAAAUGUUUUCUUAUGCAGAUGUAGACUGGGGUUUUACUGUAUGAUGGUAUUUACUGUUUAGAAGGCAAUUAAAAAAAAAGAAAGAUAAAAUUUCAUAAAUAAGGCCUUGAAAUCAGACAGUUUAAAGUCUUCAGAGAAACUUUAUAUUCAAUUGAUGUUGUCUUUCUACUAACUGUCAGUACUGAUUUAAAAGACAUUAUAGCACACUAAGUUGGUUUGUUUGUUUUGUUUUGGGUUUAAAGCCGUUUUUCAACAGUAUUUCAGUCAUGUAACGGCGGGCAGUUAACCUAACCUGUGUUCCUGGAUUCUGUACCAGUACAGACCUGUUCUCCACAAGUGACUGCCAACUUCCCCACAUGAAUUAUCAGAGGUGGAGGACGAAUGAUUUCAGACACAAUGUCUUUUAUCAAAUCGUCACGGAGAAUAUACGCUCCACCCGGGGAUCGAACUCAUGACCCCACGAUCUGCAGACCAACGCUGUCCCUACUGAGCUAAGCGGGCAGGCUCACUAAGUAGGUAGUUAGUAGUGUUCUAUGUAUAGGGAUAAAACAACAUUUAUAAAUGUUCCGCAGUAAGUUAUUAGCUUUAAUACCUGAGCACAAAGUAAGCUUUAGGAUUUACUUUCAUAUUGCCACAGAGUAGGUGAAAGGUGACAUUUGUCCAGUUUUCAUUCAUGACAUAUUGUAGUGUACUCAUGUUUGAAUAAAACUUGUCGCAUUUUC